AUGAGUAAUUACGAAGAUUUGCCGUGUUCUAUUCACUUCCCAAGGCAGUCUGGCGAAGUAUCACAUCAACCACGAGUCGUUGAGGAUUCCGAGAGUCCAGUCACUCAUCGAGUUCCCCCACCACAAGCCGAACAAGUUCGAGUUUCAGUACCAGCGACAACAACUAUUGCAGCUCAAAGAAAGAAAUCUUGCCUCUCAACAACAACAAACAAUUCAAGAAAGGAGCCGCCUACACAUCCAGCGCUUCGUCGAAAAACCGUUGCAUUUGGAAGAACUGUGAACGUUUCGCAGACUGUAGAGGGGACUUCGCGACAUUCGAAAAAAGCUCUCGCUUCGCCUUCUUCCACAUCUUCCCCAGUUCAAAAUCAGAAAAUGACGGAAGAGAAUCAAGAAGAUGAUUGGCGAGAUGUUAUGAAAAAUGAGAUAAAUGUUAUGCGAAAAGAAAUGCAAGAAGAGACUACAAAACGGCAAGAAGAACUCAAUGCGCAGAACUUGAGCAAAAUGCAGGAAAUGAUGUCUCAGUUUUUUCAGCAAAUAACUGUUGCAAAGCCAGCCGCUGACAAUACUCACAGGGAAAAAGAGAAUCUCUAUGAGCCAGCACGACAAACAAGGCAGCAAAAACCUGCAAGUAAAAUUGCUUUGGCACGUGAAGUUGUAAAGAAAGAAGGCAUCAUUCCUCCAGAAGCAUUAACGAUUUUGGAACAACGAGUCAGAUCGGAUCCACUAUUCAGACAACAAAUUGAUAAUGUACUUGCUGAUGCUGAAUGUGAUGCCAACAGAGCUGCUUAUUCUCCUCCACCACCACUCUCUGAAGCAAGAUAUACAGGCGGAACUGCAGUAAAUCCAGCAUUAAUGAGAGAAACAUUGACUGUUGAACGAAGUAUUCGAUAUGGAAAUGGACUUUCUUCGAUUGAUUCAAGGCAGUGGACCACUGAAAGGAAUGAUAACAGAGCUCAUGAUAACUUCCGCCCUUACGAAUCUGAGCCUCCAUAUCAAUCGAUGUAUCAAAAAGGACAAAGUGUCAGCUAUUAUCCAUCGGAAGCAGUCGGAAAUACGCAUCGAAACAAUCGGACUGGCUACUACGUUGAUGAUAGUUCGGACCAAGAAGAAGAGAUCGUCGCUGGUGGACGUGGCAGAAACUACCACGAGCCAGUGGAAACGGAGACGGCUGCCGAACGAGAACGGAGAAUUCGGGAGAAGUAUGCCCGUAAAAAAUGA